UAUCUCUUACUUUAUUCCCUAUUCUCUCACAAUUCCCUCAGCUUCUCAUCUUCUACGUGCUGUAUUUUCUUGGCUUUCUGCAACUUUGAGUUGUUCCAAAAUGGCUUACCAAAUUCCAUUCGGUGUUGUGGAGCACAUUUUGACCAAGUUGGGGUCCAGGGCGUUUCAAGAAAUUGGAUCCAUGUGUGGUGUUCCAAAGGAGCUAACCAAGCUCAAUGGGAAACUCGGCGUAAUCAAGGCUGUGCUUUCGGAUGCCGAGGAGAAGCAGCAGCAGAACAAUCAUGAAGUCAAAUAUUGGGUCCGGAAGCUCAACGGCGUUGUUUAUGACACAGAUGACUUGCUGGAUGACUAUGCAACCCAUUAUCUUCAGCGAGGAGGAUUGGGAAGGCAGGUCAGUGACUUCUUCUCAUCUGAAAAUCAAGUUGCUUUUCAUUUAAACAUGAGUCAUAGACUCAAGGAUAUCAAAGAAAGGAUAGAUGAUAUUGCAAAAGACAUCCUCGAAUUAAAACUGACUCCACGGUGCAUACACACACGGGAAGAGAACAGUGGGAGAGAAACCCACUCAUUCGUGUUAAAAUCUGAAAUGGUAGGAAGAGAAGAAAACAAAGAGGAGAUAAUAGGGAAGUUGUUGUCGUCCAAGGGUGAAGAAAAGCUUUCGGUUGUUGCCAUUGUAGGCAUCGGGGGGUUGGGUAAGACCACCCUUGCUCAAUUGGUAUACAAUGAUGAAAGAGUGGUCAAUCAUUUUGAGUUUGAGAUAUGGGCUUGCAUUUCUGAUGAUUCUGGUGAUGGUCUUGACGUCAAACUGUGGGUCAAAAAGAUUUUAAAAUCUAUGGGAGUUCAGGAUGUGGAGACCUUGGAUGGUUUGAAAGACGUGCUUUACGAAAAAAUAAGUCAAAAGAAGUACUUGUUAGUACUUGAUGAUGUUUGGAACGAAAAUCCUAGAAAAUGGUAUGCAGUGAAAAAAUUGUUGAUGGUUGGUGCUAGAGGUAGUAAAAUUAUAGUAACCACCCGAAAACUUUAUGUUGCAUCCAUUAUGGGAGAUAAGUCUCCCGUUAGUUUGAAAGGUCUAGGAGAAAAGGAGUCUUGGGCUUUAUUUUCAAAAUUAGCAUUUGGAGAACAGGAGAUUUUGGAGCCAGAAAUUGUAGAAAUUGGAGAAGAAAUUGCAAAAAUGUGCAAGGGAGUUCCUCUCGUUAUUAAGUCUUUAGCAACGAUAUUGCAGUCUAAAAGAGAACCGGGGCAGUGGUUGUCUAUUAGAAACAAUAAAAAUUUGCUGUCACUUGGAGAUGAAAAUGAGAAUGUUCUAGGGGUGCUGAAACUAAGUUAUGAUAAUUUGCCAACACAUUUGAAACAAUGCUUUACAUAUUGUGCUUUAUUUCCAAAAGACUAUGAGAUUGAGAAAAAGUUGGUGGUACAAUUAUGGAUGGCACAAGGUUAUAUUCAAUCUUCAUAUGAUAAUAAAGAGCAAUUAGAGGAUACAGGGGAUCAAUAUGUUGAGGAAUUAUUGUCAAGGUCAUUGUUGAAGACGGCAAGAACCAAUCAUUUUACUAAUACAUUAAUGUAUAAAAUGCAUAACCUUAUGCAUGAUCUUGCACAAUUAAUUGUAAAACCGGAGAUCCUUGUUUUAAGAAGUGGUGACAAUAACAUUCCAAAAGAAGCUCGUCAUGUAUUAUUGUUUGAAGAGGUAAAUCCUAUUAUAAAUGCUUCACAGAAAAUUUCCUUGAGGACUUUUUUCAUGGUUAAUGAGGAUGGUUUUGAAGAUGAUUCAAAAGAUGACUCAAUUAUAAACACAAGCUCUAAGUGUUUACGUGUGUUGAGUCUAAAUAAGUUUAAUAUAAAGAAGGUGCCAAAGUUUGUAGGCAAAUUGAGUCAUUUAAGAUAUCUUGAUCUUUCCAACAAUGAUUUUAAGGUACUUCCGAGUGCUAUUGCAAGGUUAAAGCAUUUGCAAACCCUGAAAGUCAUUGAUUGCGUGAAUCUAAAAGAACUUCCAAAAGAUACAAGAGAGUUGGUUCAUCUCAGACACUUGGAGAAUGAUGGGUGUGCAAAUUUGACUCAUAUGCCAUGUGGAAUAGGAGAGCUGACUUCACUUCAAAGCCUACCAAUAUUUGUCGUUGGGAAUAGGAGAGGGUACUCAAGGGAUCGUAAAAUCGGCGGGUUGAAUGAACUGGAAAAGCUUGACUACCUCAGAGGACAGCUACGAAUUAAAAACCUUGAAAAUGUGUGGAAUGCUGAGGAAUCCAGCGAGGCAAAGUUGGCAAAAAAACAACACAUUCGUUCCUUGAGAUUAGAAUGGAGGGAUCCUGAAGCUAACGAUGAGAGGUGUAAGGCUGCUGAAUCGGUAAUGGAAGAGCUCCGGCCACACGAUCAGCUAGAGAAGCUUUGGAUAGAUGGCUAUAAAGGUGAGAAGUUUCCCAAUUGGAUGCAUGGCUAUAACGAUGGGUUGUUUUCAAAGCUCGUUCACAUUGUUUUAUUUAGUUGUGAACGAUGCCAAAUUCUGCCACCCUUUGCUCAACUCCCUGCUCUCAAGUUUAUGUGGCUUAGUGGUCUAGAAGAGGUGGAAUACGUGACAGACUGUUCAUCGGCAACACCCCCAUUCUUCCCGUCUCUUCAAAUGCUCAAACUCGAUAAUUUGCCUAAAUUGAAGGGGUUGCGGAAGAAAGGCUCAUCAUCAGAGGAAGAUCCUUCAUUUCCUCUUCUUUCAAAGCUAGAUGUUGGUUUUUGCCAUAAAUUGACAUCAUUGACACUGCAUUCAUCUCCUUCCCUUUCAGAGGCAUCAUUGACACUGCAUCAUUGUCUUAAUCUGAAAUCAUUGACACUGCCUUCAUCCCCUUGCCUUUUGGAAUUAUCUAUCAAUACUUGCUGCAACUUGGAAUCAUUGGAACUACCUUCAUCGGGUCUUUCUAAAUUAUAUAUCACUGAAUGUAAUGAUUUGAAAUCCUUGAAUCUGCAUUCAUCUCCUGAUCUUUCUCAAUUAACUAUACGGGACUGCAAUAACCUGACAUCCUUGGCACAACCUCCAUCUCGUUAUCUUUCUCAAUUAGAGAUCAGAGAUUGCCCUAACUUGACAUCCUUUGAACUGCAUUCAGCUCCUGAGCUUUCUAGUUUAGAGAUCAGAGAUUGCCCUAAGUUGACUUCCUUGGAAGUGCCUUUAUUACCUGGUCUUGAGAAACUGCAUUUGAAUACACUCAACAAGGAGGUAUUACAUCAGUUUACGUUUGUCUCUGCUUCUCGACAUACAUGAUAUGAUUUCCCCGGAGAAGCUGCUUCAACAUGUUGCCACCCUCCAAACUCUCAUCAUUUGCUACUCUUCUGGUUUGGCAACUUCCUCGCAAUUGCAGAACUUGAAAUUGUUGGCUGCCCUGAACUGAAAUCAUUGCCAGAAGACAUGGGUUGCCUCAAAAACCUGCAGAUAUUCCUAAUCUCCUAUUGUCUCUGGGAGGAAAUAGGUGAAGACUGGCAAGAUUGCUCAUGUCCCAGAAAUUCAUAAUUGGUGGAGAUUUGCCUAUGCAAAAAGCCAUUCAGCUUAAAAUCACUGCAAAAGGGAUGCCAAAAUAUUGAAUCGGCCUAAAGAUUUCACAUGGCCCAGAGAUUCAUAUCUACUAGAUGGCUAGUGCAGAAAGACUUCUGCUAUCUGACAUAUAUUUCAGAUGUAAUCGUUGUCAAAUCAAGGCAAAAAGGGUUUCUGGUAGACUAGUGUCUCUGUAUCAGUGGCUGCCACUUGGAAAAUUUAGAGGAAUACUCUGCCUUACAUCUCUUAAGGAACUUCAAAUUGCUGUCUGCCUUGAAUUGAGAUCGCCACCCUGAAUUCAUGAAGGACUCAUGGGCUCUUUAAUUAUGCCAUCUACAAUACAUUUCAGAUUUCACCUUUCUUAAGAAGCUUGCGAUUAUUCAUAUCUUCUAGAUGACUAAGGCAUCUAGUGGUGUUUAGAAUUUCUGCUCUGCUUUAAAUUCAGUGGCUGUCACACCUCACUUCUCUCAAGUUAUUGAAAAUUCAAAGGCUUGGUAGCCUGAUGUCUUUGUUACAACUGAUUCAACAUAUCAUCAACCUUGAAGUCUUAGAAGCUGUCUCUACAGUUGGGGCUUCAGAUUGCUGACUGCCUUGAAUUGAAAUCACUGCCAGAAGGGAUGCACUCUACAGAAACUCAUAAUCUACAACUGUUGAGACAUAUUGCAAACAUGCCAAAAGGAAAAGAUUCAACGGACAACCUCACCAGCUUACAAAACUUCAAAUCCAUUCUUUCCCUUAAUUGACAUUGCCACUGGAAGAGAUGUAUUCCCUCAACAAAUUCAUUCUUUUGCUGAACUAACAUCACAACCGGAUGAGAUGCAUUCCCUCAGCAUCCUCCAAAUACUUGAAAUCAACAGUUGUCUACACCUAUUGGAAGAUGCCAAAAGGAAAAAAGGUGAACGGACAUCACUGCCAGAUAAGAUGCAUUCCCUCAGCAUCCUCCAAAAACUUGAAAUCUACAAUUGUCUACACCUUUGGAAGAUUUCAAAAGGAAACAGGUGAAGAUCGACCCAAGAUUGCUCAUGUCCUGGAAAUUCAUAUUCGGUGAAGAUCCAAAUAAUAUAGAAAGCCAUUUUCAGGUUAUAUUUGAAAAUCUGGAUAUCCAGAUUGUAUUUAAUUACAGAUAUCAUAGUGUGCCUGGGAAAAGCUAGACAUCCACUAGAUGGCUAAUGCAUGAUGGAAUUCAGCUUUCUUCUCAAUUCAGUAGAAUACCGAAAGUUUAAGUGAGGAGCAUAGAUUAUUGAAUCGUGUGACCGGGAAUCUCUCUCAUGUUUCUUGAGCUUGGGAAUCUAAUUGCUGUUAAAUACACAGACAGAAUGAUGUGAUAACUUUUGAGCCAAUGCUAAAAGGGAUAAUAUUGAGGAUUGGGUGAAUAUUGUCCAAGCCUUGGAAAUAUAUGUUAACAAGCUAUUGAUAGUUGGUGCAUGGAGACAGACAGCUGACUUGCCUAUUAUGUAUUUGUUAUUCAGGUUUAUGAUUCCAACCUCUUCCUACUUUUGGUCUCUUUUUGCGAUUUGUCGCUUUGCGAGCAAUUUUUAAAAAGCUGUUACACUUUGUUUGCAAUUCAGCUUUUGGUUCUUAUUGGUAGUAGAACAAUCAAACAUUAAGGGCAUGACACAAAUUUUCAAAUCAAUGCAUAUGAGUGGGCUUAUCUUCAAGUGCCUUGUCCUUGAGGCUUUUUGUGUUAUUAUAUCUAGACAUAAAUAUUUUGUUCUUUAUUCUUGUUUCUCUUCUAGAGGAUUGAUGUGGGCAAACACACACUCAAAACACAUAUGUAGAUCUGUUUUAUAUAUACAAAUUGAUUUAGAGAAUGUGGAGCCCAUGAAGAGCAACUGCUGCAGAGUAUACACUUCUAUUCUAAAUAUCAAAUUUUUAGAAUUCAAAAAAAUAAACAUUUUCUACUUAUUGAUGAGAAUUCCUAUGUAGGUUCAUGGGCUACUAACAGCUGUUGGUCUAUGGUAUCAUGAGUCGCCAAUUACAAUAGAGACAUCUCUCCAAGGGAAUUUCAACUCAGAUUUAGAUAAAUGGAGUAUGUUUAUAGGUUUCAAUUCUUGAGAAGUACCGUUGGGCAGAAUUGUUCAUUUUGACAUGGUCACAUCCUUGCUACUAUCUUUUAAGAUUAGUUAUCAAUAAUUUCCCAAAUUUGUUAUUUUUGUUUGCCCUCAAGCUCUCAUGGCCUCUUUAAAUUGGUAAGUAAUGGGUGGUUGAUUCAUGAAGGACUUAGGCUCUCUUUAAUUAAGGUAUGGUUUCAACAAAAUAUUUCAGGUUUGCAUUUCCAAUUACCUUUGUUUCUGUUUUUGUUGGUUUCAUGCCUUAUUGUUUUAUAGUCAACCUGUUAAGUGUGUUAUCCUGCUACUUCUGGUAAUACUCAUUAUGCCUUGUAGGCGAGACAUGCAUUCAUGAACAGAUACACUUAAGAGUGAGGAUAGUCUGUUUUUGUUAAAAUACUUGGCUUAGCAAAGAGUGUUGUUCAAUAUUCCACAGGUAAAUGUUGACAGUUUAUGGACGGUUGAUGAAUAUGGAAAGAGUUGGCUCAUUUCAUCACUGACUUAUGCUCUCCUUACAAUCCACUACAACAUUCCUUGUUCAGGUAAUCAGCAGCAUGGUUUGUCAUGAUUCGCCCCAUUCCCGAAGGUACUCAGUAGUUUGACAAAUUCUAAGAUAUGUUGGAGGGAAGCACCACUGUCAAGGCUUGUGACAACAACAAUACUUGUUACCGAUGUAAUCACUAUCUAGCCAAUUGGAAAAGCUGUUAUAGUGAGGAUUGACAAAGGGUCACUAUGUCUUAGAGACCCAUAUUAAGAAGCUGUAGAUGGUGGAUACCUAGGAGGGUAAGAGUAAGCUUCAGUGUGUCAUACUCCCCAUCUUUUGAAAUCUUUAUGUUUUGUGCAUUGUCCAUAAUAUGUAUUUGCUAUCAUAUGUUACUUUGCAACCAAUUAGAAACUUCUACAAUGUGCUAAUAGUUUUAAUACAUCGGUUUUUAUUUGCAGUUGAAUAUAAACAAGUUGCAUGAGUAACAGAUAUUACCUAAUUGGAGUUUCAUGGUAAUUGGAGAAGGAAUUGGUUUGAGUAUAGCAGACAUAAUUUUGUUUUUGCUUUUGUUUUUUUUUUUUGGGGAAAAUGCCUCCCUUUGCCUUUCUUUUGGUUGUUUUAUGAUCAAAAUAGGUACUAUUCUACUUUCAACUGGUCUCCAUGACAAACAUAUCAAGGUUUUGAAUAUCUGUUUCAAUAUCAAUCUUGGUCCGGCUGCUAAUGGAAGGAAUCACUAAUACUUUGAUUCUUUGAAUGAUCAGGAAAUUUUCUCCAGGUGAAUGGUUCAUACUCUGGAAGAGGUUUGACAUUGAAACAAAAAACUUUGAGAAUUUUAUAAAAAAUUAAGACCUUGGUCAUUAGGCUUCAUUACUUUCUACUGAUGUGGUAUGCUUUUCUUGAAUGUAAAUUAAUCAAUUUUGUAUUUGUCUUACAUUUCUAGAGCUGUACUUGAAAUGGUGAAACUUAUUACGAGUCAGGUGCAGAAGUUGAAUAGACUAAGUGUGCAACUUUUAGUCGGUUUACCACUUCCAAAGGCCACUUAGAUCCAUUUGAUGGCCUCCAUGUUGGUACAUUUGGCCCUUAUGGAACUGAGGUGGUACAACUGAGACUUAAAUUUGGCCACUGGAAUGAGGAGAUGAGUUCUUUGAAUAUGUUGAGGUAGUGAAGCUAACAGGGGAUCUUAAUGUUGCCAUUGUGCAGGGAAUGCUCAAUGAAUACUACACAUUAUUUUCUGAGAAGCAUUUUCAAUAUUUCUCCAGGUGAGAGGUCUGAUGCAUCAAGAGGUUGCAAACUGCUGUACCUUGCCAUGGUUCUGUAUCAUGCAAGAGACAUUGGUGGAGCCAUAAUGCAACAACACAAGGAACUGAUUAUAAAUGACAUGGCCUGGUUUGGACCACCCUGAUACUGCUUACAGAUUGACUGCGCCCCCCCCAUCGAACUAGAACUGCACACAUGGGAGAAAAUGGAUUACCAUGUGGAGACCUGAAGCGCUUCUUAAGAAGACCAAGUUGCCCUUUGCUCAUGUCGCUAUUAACUGGGGAUGCUGAACUCUAUGCUAAAGUUUAUGUGGAUAUUGGUUGAGUAUCAAUAGUAGGAGCUCUUGCUCUAUCAUAUACAAAAAUUUACCUAUUAUUUGCUGAAUUCCUCAGUGAGACCUAAUUAAUAUGGAAAGAGAGUUCUUGUUCGUGUAGAAUUCACAGAUUUUGCAGUACUAUCCCCCAUUUAAUUUUAUAAGUUACUUAUUGUACAAAAGAUGUAAUUAACUUAUGAGAUAAGUUAAUUUGUAAUAUUAUACAAAGAUAUUUUUUUUGAAGUAAUUGAAUUAUGAACAUGAACCAUUUUUGCUAA